GGCGAUGCCCACGCCAACAUCCACAACACAGCACAAGCAACGGCAGCAGCAACCGCAGCAACAUCAACAGCAGCAGCAGCAGCAGCAACAACAAGCUAAAGUAUUGGCCAAUAAGCAGUUGGCCAAGUCCAUGCCCGUAACGCCCAUACAGCCGCAGUCGCCAACAGAUUCGACUAUUAACCAUUUCCUGCCCAUGCCACGUUCGCCCUCUUAUGAGUUAUAUGAGGCACGACCUGCACUAUUUCGGCAUGCCCACUCCGAUGCCACAUUCCACAUGCAACCCUUUGACGAUGUCGAUGACGGUGACGAUGAUGAUGAUGAUGAUGAUGAUGAUGAUGAUGAUGACGAUGACUUGGAUGAGGAUGACUUGGCUGACGAUGCCGAGGACACAUCAUCGUUGGCUAUGAUUACGCCGCCGCCGCCCUAUGACACUCCUCAACUGACCAGUCUAAAGGCUGCCUCCACCUCUGCCUCCGCCUCUGCUUCCGUUUCUGCUUCCGCCUCUGCCCCUCCUCUGCCGCCGCCACGCAAAUUUCGCUUUGGCAAUCGCGAGUUGUUUAGCAUGAGUCCCGGCACACCCAAAUCCAAUGCCAUAACGCCCACAAAGCUGAGUGCCGCUGCCGCCGCCAUGUUUGCCACGCCCCAAAUGGCGCAACUCAACCGGAAGUGGGCGCACCUGCAACGCAAGCGACGGCGACGCAACAGCAGCAACGGCGACUCCAAGGAACUCGAUAAGCUCGUCCUUCAAUCUGUCGACUGGGAUGAGAAUGAGAUGUAUUAACUGGCCUGAGGUGUCGUCUAUUGAAAUUCAAUUCAUUCCAUUCGCUCCCAACUAACUCGAUUAGCAAACCUAUGGAUAUACAAAUAUCUCUCAAAAAUCGCAUCGAUUAAUUAAUCAAUAAUUAUCGACAGUAUCGAUGGAUUGUACUUUCUGUAAAUUAGCAAUUAGACUGCGAUACACUUAACCCAAAACACGACACAGCGGACACGUAUUUUAUAGCCAUCCAAAUAUGCAGUUGAUAUUAUUAAUUUUUUGCCAAUUUUAGAUGUGACUUUACAAAACGGCAUAUGGAAAAAAAAGAAGAGGAAGAACUUUAGUAAAUGCAGCCAACG